AUGAGCACUUCACCUGGACCGGAGCUCCGGUGGCACGUCGCGGUGCUUUCCCGGCCGCUGAUAACCAUCUAUGGUUCCCCUCAGUCAUCGACUCCGGUACCGGGAUUUCGUGGUUCCUCCGCGAACACCCCUGACCGAUUCUGGUAUAAGUGCACGUCUCUCGACCCCACCCGCGUGGUGCGCAAGACGGCUACCGCGAAGUCCAUCGCCGUCGCAUUCGAGGCCUCCUCCCUUCGCGGCUGUGGGGGUGUCAUCGACUACUUCAUAGCGACCACUCGCGCGAUGCCCCCAGCAGACGUCAUGCACUCCCCCGCCCCUCCCCUCCUCAUAUUUGCCUGGCGGUCUCAGCUCUAG